GAUUAGAAUCCUUUGUCCCCGUGCAUGAUGAUAAUCCCGGCGUUGUCCCCUCAGAUUAAAAGCGGAGCCGAGUCACCCUCCGACCUGAGCGGACGCAUGAAUAUGCAGCAUUGGCGGAUAAAGUCUCUCUGUGGGCCACAAUAAAGGGCCAGUGUUCCCCGGCGGGUGGACGUUGACCUCGCGGCAGCUGGAUUACACGAUAAUCCCAUUAUGAUGCUGCCGCUGCUGCCAUGUGAUUCCCAACUCUGAAGAUCAGCGACACAUCCAGAGCCAUCAGAGAUAAAAUGAUCGGGAGGACCGGGGGAUUAUCGGACACGGUAGGUUUCUAUCACUUCAGUCUGCCGGCGGGAAGAUGCUGACACAGCAGAAAGGGACGUGUGGUGGCAGUGGAUAUAAUCUGGAAAAACUUUCACUAACCAGAGAACGUCAGAAAGGCUGCGACUAUGUGGACGUCUGAGGAACGAGUGCCAGUCUGAGAGGAGAAACCAGCGGUGAACGUUCUUCAUCAUCAUCAUCGUGGUGGUGGUCACCCUCAGACAGACAGCCACGUCUCUCUCAGACUGGUCCUCACUCUUGCGUAUCACUCACAGACUGCUCCUCAACACCUCGUCCUCGUGCACUGUUACCAUGGCGUCGGCGGCUCUGGAGCUGAUGGGUUUCUUCCUGGGCCUGGUGGGCCUGCUGGGGACCCUGGUGGCCACAGUGCUGCCCUACUGGCAGAUCUCGGCCCACAUCGGCUCCAACAUCAUCACGGCGGUGGCCAACAUGCGCGGCCUGUGGAUGGAGUGCGUGUACCAGAGCACGGGCGCCUUUCAGUGCGAGACCUACAACUCCAUGCUGGCGCUGUCGGCUGACCUGCAGGCGUCGCGGGCGCUCAUGGUGAUCUCGCUGGUGUUGUCGGUGUUGGGCCUGGCCGUGGCCGUGCUGGGGAUGCAGUGCACCUUCUGCCUGGACGGCUCGGGGGCGGUCAAGAGUCGGCUGGCCGGCGCUGGCGGGGGUCUCUUCCUGGUGGCUGGAUUCCUGGGUCUCAUCCCGGUGGCGUGGACCACACACGAGGUGGUCCAGAACUUCUACAGGCCCAAUGUUCCGACCAGCAUGAAGUCAGAGCUGGGCGAGUGUCUGUACGUGGGGCUGGCGUCGGCGCUCAUCUCCAUGCUGGGCGGCGGGCUGCUGCUCAUGUCCUGCGGUGAAGGCCAGGAGGCCAGUCGAGGGCGACGGCUAGGAGGGGGGUACCCCUACCCGGUGGGCGGGUCCAUGCCGGGACAUGGCAUUCGGACCACCACGCAGACGUUCCGGAACCCGACCAUGCAGGCGGGUGGCCCAGCCAGCAGGGGGCAGACAAUGAUGCGCAGCACCAGUGAAGGCUCGGGGCUCAGCGCACACCAGGUCCAGUCGGGGAAGAAACCUGCGGCGCCAGGAUAUGACAUCACCGGAUACGUCUGAACUUUACAUGUGACACAACAAACAUGUUUUUUUGGCACUUUUUUUUUUACUGCUUCUUUUUGCCGACCUGUUGAAACUCAAAUCAAUCAAUCAAUGAUCAAUACCUGUUCUUGACUGAGGCUUGUUUAAAUCCAUGACGUUAAUAAAGCACUGUCGAUCCCAAGAAUGUUGUUCUACA